GAGAGAGAGAGAGAGAGGGAAAGGAAGAGAGAGAGAGGGCACAGGCAGUAGAAACACUCAUCUGCUGCCUGGCUUUACAGUGAAGACAGAAAGAAGAAAACACACAUUAGCGAUUUUUCUCCGAGUUUUACACAGCUCAAGGCGCAUGCUCAGACUAACUGACGGUGCGGUUGUUUUAUUCAGGAACUCAGAGACACUGAAAGGUUUUAAAGAUGACCACUUCAUGGAGUGACAGACUGCAGAACUAUGCAGACUUGCCUGCCAACAUGGACGGCUUGUCAAUGAAGAAAUACAGAAGAGAGCCAUACCACAGAGUGUUUGUCAACAGAAGUUUGGCAAUGGAGAAGAUUAAGUGCUUUGGCUUUGACAUGGACUACACUUUAGCAGUGUACAAGUCACCAGAGUACGAGUCACUAGGUUUUGAGCUCACAGUGGAGCGGCUGGUUUCCAUCGGUUACCCCCAGGAGCUGCUCAGCUUCGUCUACGACCCAUCCUUCCCCACCAGGGGCCUUGUGUUUGAUACCAUGUAUGGAAACCUGUUGAAGGUUGAUGCCUACGGUAAUAUCCUGGUCUGUGUCCAUGGAUUCAACUUCCUCCGAGGCCCUGAGAUCCGUGAACGGUACCCAAACAAGUUCAUCCAGAGAGAUGAUACAGAGCGCUUUUAUAUCCUUAACACUCUCUUCAACCUGCCAGAGACCUACCUCUUUGCUUGCCUUGUGGAUUUUUUCUCCAACUGUGACAGAUACACAAGCUGUGAAACUGGCUUCAAAAAUGGCGACCUCUUCAUGUCCUAUAAGAGCAUGUUCCAGGACGUCCGCGACGCCGUCGACUGGGUCCACUUCAAGGGUACGUUGAAGGUGAAGACGGUUGAGAACUUGGAGAAAUAUGUAGUGAAAGAUGGAAAGCUGCCUCUUCUCCUCAGCAGAAUGAAUGAAGUAGCCAAGGUUUUCUUGGCUACCAACAGUGACUACAAAUACACUGAUAAAAUCAUGACCUAUCUGUUUGACUUCCCACAUGGACCGAAGCCUGGUACCUCCCACCGGCCCUGGCAGUCCUACUUUGACCUGAUCCUGGUGGACGCCAGGAAGCCCCAGUUCUUUGGAGAGGGUACGGUGCUCAGACAAGUCGACACGACAACCGGGCGUUUAAAGAUAGGAACCUACACAGGACCUCUGCAGCAUGGCAUAGUCUACUCUGGAGGUUCCUCAGACAUUGUGUGCGACCUGCUGGGGGCCAAGGGGAAGGACAUAGUGUACAUUGGCGACCACAUCUUUGGAGACAUCCUCAAGUCCAAGAAACGCCAAGGCUGGAGGACGUUCCUGGUUAUACCUGAGUUGGCACAGGAGCUGCACGUGUGGACCGACAAAAGCUCAUUAUUCGAGGAACUGCAGGGCCUGGACAUUUUCUUGGCAGAACUCUACAAACAUCUGGACAGCAGCAGUAACGAGAGGCCAGACAUCAGCACUCUUCAGAGAAGAGUCAAGAAAGUGACACAUGACAUGGACAUGUGCUACGGCAUGAUGGGUAGCCUUUUCCGCAGCGGCUCCAGACAGACCUUGUUUGCCUCUCAAGUGAUGCGUUACGCCGACUUGUACGCAGCCUCCUUCAUCAACCUGCUGUACUAUCCCUUCAGCUACCUCUUCAGAGCUGCACACGUGCUGAUGCCCCACGAGUCGACGGUGGAACACGCCCACGUGGAUAUCGACACCGAGUCGCCACUGGCCACGCGCAACCGCACCCACUGCAGCGACUGCAAGGACCUGGAGUGCAAACGCACCCAGCUGACCCGCUCCUUCAGCGAGAUCAAACCUCCCAACCUGUUCCCCCAGACUCCCCAGGAGAUCACUCACUGCCACGAUGAGGAUGAUGAUGAGGAGGAGGAGGAGGAGGAGGAAGAAGAAGAAGAAGAAGAGGAAGAGGAGGAAUAAGCUGGACAUGCAGAAGAAAGCGAGGUUUCUGAUCCUGCCUUCUCAUCUUUCCAACUGGAGUCGGUUAGUUAUCUCUCUAAGUGAGGCAGGGAGGAAAAACAUUGUGUGUGUGUGUGUGUGUGUGUGUGUGUGUGUAUGUAUGUAUGUGUGUGUAUAUAUAUAUAUAUAUAUAUAUAUAUAUAUAUAUAUAUAUAUAUCUCGCAAUACAGUAUGCACACAAAGACACACACACAUAGUGAAGAUUUCUGAGGAAAGGACCAGUAGCGAGACAGAUCAUAUGACUGUCAGAAGACUGUAUGCAUGCUCGGUCCUCUGAAACCCAACUAUUCCUAGCUUCAUUAUGUGUAAAAAAAAAAAAAAAAAAAAAAAAGAAA